AUGUACAACAGCCUUCUUGACAUUGUUCCUAACACGACUACCGGCACCUGGGCUACCCAGGGUUAUGCCGACGAUACCUUGGUUAUGAUGUCCAAUAAAAACAGCCAUAAAACUUUCGAACCUUCUCUGCUUUCUCGCAGGAAAAAACUGGGGCCUCAACAGCAAGAACUUAACAAAUAUCUAUCGCCUGGCCAUAGAGCCGGCCAUCCUUUAUGGCGCGCCCUUUUGGGGGUCGCAGUGGAUAAAGUUUACGUAAAGCGUAAGCUUCUAAAGGCUCAACGUGUCAGCCUCCUCAAAAUCACCAAGGCCUACAGGACUGCCCCCACAUCUGUCCUACAGGUGAUUACUGGCAUCCCUCCAAUACAUCUAAGCGUAAAGGCCAAUGCAGCUAGUUGGUAUCUUACCAACCUCAGUCUCUCAGAUCGUACGAAGACUGAGCUAAUAAGUUAUCUAAAUAUUGGCAUCCUUCCCAGCCUGGAUAUGCAACAAACCCUCAUGCUUAACCACAAGAACACCCAAGUUACUCUUCACAGGCAUUGCAGGCAUCCUGCUUUAUCUCCUACCGUCAAUCUUCUCACUGAUGCUAGUGUUUCCAACAUCAACAAUGCCAACACCAUCUUCACAGAUUGGUCUAAAUCAUUUUUUGGUACGGGUGCUGCCAUCGUGCACAGAAAUAGCAACUGUACACAUCCAGUCCACAAAAAGGGUUUUAAACUUGCAGAUCACUGCUCUAUUAUGCAAGCAGAACAGUACGCCAUCUACAAAGCAUUGGUCUACAUCAACAAUUCCAAUCAGCUCCACGGGAAGCAGGUCUGCAUCUGCUCUGACAGCCAGGCCGCUCUCUGGAGCAUAAGCAAGAAAACCCAGUGUAACUAUCUCCACCAACUCAUCAUAGACGAACUGAAGAAAAGCAAAAGCAACCUCGUCUACUUUUCGUGGACCCGCGCACAUCAAGGUGUAAUAGGAAAUGAGGAAGCAGAUGUGCUGGCUAAGGAGACAGCCACUUCUCCUGUUACACCAAGCUUUGAUGACAUCCCAACGGUGACUGUCAAAAAUCUCAUUAGAGAAACGCUCAUCCACAUGUGGCAGAGGGAAUGGGAAGAGGCGGACACUGGUAAGACUACCUUUAAAUUCCUGCCUAACAUUUCCAACCGUCUCUCUCUCAACCACAUAAAUGGCAACCAUUUCACCAGCCAACUCCUCACUGGCCAUGGGAACUUUCGCCAAUAUCUCAACAGAUUCCACCACAGCGAUACCCCCUUCUGUCAGUGUGACAAUGGUGCUAUAGAGGAUCCCCUGCACUUCAUUUUUGAUUGCAACCUCUAUGACACACAGAGGGAUCAACUCAUUCACAAAGCCCUCAUUGAAGGAUUCAACUGGCCCUGCACGCCCGAUCUCCUCAUCAACAACAGUGCCACCUACAAUGGACUUAUCGAUUUUAUCCGGGAAACCGGCGCCUUAAAUCCAAACUUUACCAACCGGCAUCAGACAAGGGACUCUUCACACGACAGUUGA